GUCUUUGGCGGGUUUAUCAUGUUUCAUCGUGGACAGACGCCCAGUCCCCGCGUGUCUCAACCUGGUCGCCCUCGAUUCGUCCGUCCACGUAGUUUUUUUCCCCUAAUAAUCAGAACCCAUCUUCCAAUUUCACCGUUUAUGCAAUUCAAACUUUUAAAAAAAAAGGGAAAAAACAAUGAAAGAGAUGAAUGCAGAUUAAUGUUGAAGGGAAUGUGUUAAAAGGCCUGGGAGGUUUAGGAGAUAACAAGGAAGAUGGCAAAAGUGCGAGGGCAGACGAUAGCAGCAUGCAUGACAUGCCCUCUCUGUAACAAGCUUUUGAAGGAGGCUACAACGAUAUCUCUGUGCCUUCAUACCUUUUGCAGGAAAUGCAUUUACAGGAAGCUGUCAGAUGAGAAGUGGUACUGUUGUCCUGUAUGCACUUUGGAUCUUGGCUGUGUUCCAGUUGAGAAGCUUAGGCCAGAUCACAAUUUACAAGACAUAAGGGCCAAAAUUUUCCCUUUCAAAACAAGAAAGAUUAAAGCCCCUGAAGUUUUGCCUUCAAUUUCAAUGCCAGUUAAGAGGAAGGAGAGAUCAUUGUCAGCACUUGCAAUAAGUGCUCCCAGAGUGUCAAUGCAGAAUAGCAUGAUGGGAAGGGGAACAAAAGCUAUUGCUAGAAAGGCUGCAGCAGCACAAAGAUGCAGUUUUUCAAUUGAGGGGCCUUUCAAGAAAGAGGAACAUUCUCUGGAAGAUCAUCUAGUGAUCUCAGACUCACCUCAGACCCCAAUUAGAAUUGUUCAACAUAAAGGGCAGAAUUAUCCUGAGAAUGAACAUUGUAAUGAUCUGAUGCCUCUUAAAGAAAUGGACAGUAGUGCUGAACCAUGUGAAGAGAAAAUUGAUCUCUUGGAACCCCUAAAUGUUCUCGUGGAAGCUGCAAACAGAAACAACUCCUUUAAAGUUAAUGCACUUGUGUCUCAUCCCAUCAAAUCAGUGCCACAGACAGCCCCUGAAAUGGAAGUAAAUGUGCCUACAACAAAGGUUGAUGAACAUGGGUGCAGAUCAAAAACCCAAGAUACCUGUAAUGAGAUAAUCUCUCGUCUAGGUUCAACAAAAGUAAAAUCUAGAAGGCUUCAUACGGUUGGCCAUAAAGGAGCAGCAGGAAAUAUGUAUGCAUCAGCGCAAGUUAUUCUUGAUGCUGCAGGGCCUACGCAUAUACAAAGGAAGUGUCCGAUUUGGUUCUCUUUAGUUGCUUCUGAAGAUCAGGAGGGAAGUGUUCCAUUGCCUCAAAUAUCUGCAUGUUGCUUGAGGAUAAAGGAUAGCAGUUUGCCUGUCUCAUUUAUCCAAAAAUACCUUGUGAAGAAGCUUGAUCUAACAAGUGAAGCUGAGGACCUAUCAUCGGGGAAGGCGAUUGGCAGUGCUAAAGAGAGUAAGGGACUCUACUACUUUGAGGAGGCUAAUUGGCUACUUCUUGCAGGUGCAGAUAAUGUGCCAAGGCCAGGCCUUGCUUCCAACACAACAGCUGCAUAACUUGGUUGACUUGUGGGUAUCGACAGUGCCAACCUCUAAAAGAGUUCAAGCAUCCGCAGGCUCAUCUGCUAAAGACUUUGUCAUGGUCCUGUCAUACCGUAGAAGGGUCCAAGCCUCAUAAAAAUUGUCCCCUUCAGUUCAAGAAUCGAGUAUUGCUCUUCAGAUCAUAUAGACCAUCUGAUGAUAAAUCUGUAUUGUUGUGGCAUUCUUGAAACUUCUUUUUGUGUUCUUUUUCUUUCUAAUUUCCUCUCUUCAGACAAAUGCAUGGAUCUAGCCUAUAAUUUUUUUUUUUUUUUUUUUUUUCAAAAAUAUUCAAUGUUAUACUCUUAAAUUUUUUCACUACUAUCAUCUUGUAAUGCACAAUCAGAGAUCCUUGCUUACCA